CCCCACCCCCACCCCGUGUGAGUUCGUACUGCAAAGCUCCUUGGCAUCCUUGCCUGGGUUGGGUGUUGGGGAGCUCAAAUUGCAGCUACAAACUGGCUGGCAGCCAGGGGCCGUCUAUUUAAAAGCGCCUGCUCGACCGGAGCCGGUAGUCUCUUUGGAAACUUCUGCGGGGGUAAAAGAGCUAGGAAGAGCUGCAAAGCGGUAAAGGGAGAGAUUCGGAGAAGAUGGUGCUCACCGCGGUCCUCCUGCUGCUGGCCGCCUGUGCGGGACCGGCCCAGGGCCUGGGCUCCUUCGUGCACUGCGAGCCCUGCGACGAGAAAGCCCUCUCCAUGUGCCCCCCCAGCCCCUUGGGCUGCGAGCUGGUCAAGGAGCCGGGCUGCGGCUGCUGCAUGACUUGCGCCCUGGCGGAGGGGCAGUCGUGCGGCGUCUACACUGAGCGCUGCGCCCAGGGGCUGCGCUGCCUCCCCCGGCAGGACGAGGAGAAGCCGCUGCACGCCCUGCUGCACGGCCGCGGGGUUUGCCUCAACGAAAAGAGCUACCGCGAGCAAGUCAAGAUCGAGAGAGACUCCCAAGAGCAUGAGGACCCCACCACCUCCGAGAUGGCCGAGGAGACCUAUUCCCCCAAGAUCUUCCGGCCCAAGCACACCCGCAUCUCCGAGCUGAAGGCUGAGGCCGUGAAGAAGGACCGCAGAAAGAAGCUGACCCAGUCCAAGUUUGUGGGGGGAGCUGAGAACACUGCUCACCCCCGGGUCAUCGCUGCACCUGAGAUGAGACAGGAAUCUGAGCAGGGCCCCUGCCGCAGACACAUGGAGGCUUCCCUGCAGGAGCUCAAAGCUAGCCCACGCAUGGUGCCCCGGGCCGUGUACCUGCCCAACUGCGACCGCAAAGGAUUCUACAAGAGAAAGCAGUGCAAGCCUUCCCGUGGCCGCAAGCGUGGCAUCUGCUGGUGUGUGGACAAGUACGGGAUGAAACUGCCAGGCAUGGAGUAUGUCGACGGGGACUUUCAGUGCCACACCUUCGACAGCAGCAACGUUGAGUGAUGUGUCCCCUCCCCGUUCUCCCCUCACCCCACCCCACCCCCAGCCCUGAUUCCAGCCAGCGCCUCCCUCCACCCCAGGAUGCCACUCAUUUCAUCUCAUUUAAGGGAAAAAAUACAUAUAUCUAUCUAUUUGAGGAAACUGAGGACCUCGGAAUCUCUAGCAAGGUCUCAACUUUGGAAACGGCAACAACGGAGAUGCAGAAAGCUAAGGAGACCCCUCCCCUCUUUCCAGUGGUUUUCUUUUUUGAAGCAAGUUGAAUGAAUAGGGAAGGGGAGAGAGGAAGAACAGGAGAAAGAGAAGGGAAGAAAGCAAAGGUGUAGAAGAGAGGGAAAGAUGAACAGAGUUGCGAGAAGGAAAAGAAGAACGUGGGCAGGAAGGAAAGAUCAUGGGGACGGUGGCUGGAUCCGUCUUUCAGGUGCAGCCCUGGCCCGAGUUGGGGAGACGUUUGGGCGCUAGAUGGUAUGGCCCGAAGAUGUGGCAUUCCAUGACACACUUGGAGUUUUCCCAGUUUGGAUUGGUCACAGGAGGAGAAAGGAAAAGACAGAAGGUUCCAGUGCCUCUCCUGGAUCUGUCUCCUCCUCCAGCCAGCAAUUUGGGCGGCUCGAACCUCCUUCCUCUCCUCUCACCCCGGUAGAGUGUUCUCUCCCCCCAAAUUUACAAAAACUAAAAUGCAUUCCAUUCCUCUCAAAACAAAGCAAAUGAAUAACCAAGUGAUACUAGAUAGAUAGGUUUCCCUGUGCAGAUACAUAAGUAUUAAGUAUGUGUGCAUAUUUCACUCCCCAUGUAGACUUUGAGAAAUCAAUACACACCCCAAUUGUGGGAAGACCUGUUCUUCCCCUGUUGACAAAAGCUACCAGCUGAAGCGUGUGGUUUCAGCCCCUCAACGCAUUCAGUUCUCAAUUAGCACAGCCUCUGUGGGGGAGGAUAGGCUGAAAAAAAAAAAUGUGGGCUUGUAUUUAUCUACAAGGCUCCAUAUAGUCAUAUAUAGGCAUAUAAAUCUAUUUUCUUUCUUUUUUUUUUUUCUUCCUUCCUUCCUUUCAAAGGUUUGCAUUAACUCUUCAGCGUAGUUCCUAUGGGGGCAAUGAGGAGCUUCCUCAUUCUGGGAAAACCAAGAAAACCCAUAUUUUUCUAACACAACCUAUAACACCAGCUUUGCCUGCCUCCCAUGAGCAGCAGACUCAACCCUUUGUGGGACACAGUGUUGGAUUUUUUUCAUGAUUUCCCACGUGCACGUGUGUUCAUGCACCCACCAUGCUCCCCAGUACAUCCCAUGUUAAUCUUCAGAUCCUCCAGAAGUAAGCAUCUCUGGACCCCACCCUGAACGAGCCCAACAGGUCCAACUGUGACCUACUGGUCCUGCCUAGCCUUUCCAUUUCAUCCGGGCAGAGCCUGCAUUGUGAAAGCCUCUCUCACUUCACACUGGCAGAGUAGGAGAGAGACUGAAAGGAGAAAUGGCAAAGAGUGAGAUGGAGAGGAAACGCUUUAAAGGCAGGGAAACAGUAAAAGUGAUUGUUCAGGCCAGAGCAGAUGGAGUGAAGGGACCGGGGGCUGGAGGAACAGGGGGCUGACAGCCCCAUUCUAGCUUUGAAGCAAAGCAACAGAAAGGGGGACAAACCAAGAAAAACUUCCUGGCUCCCCAUCCUAGAAGCUCUCUGGGAUUCAAGAGGCAGGAGAGAGGAAAAUAGGGGGACAGGUUGAUUGGGAGAAAUGAGCUCAGUCCAGGCCUUAGAGACAUGGAAGGUGGGUAGCGUUAGGUGGGUUCUCGACUUAGCAGCUGGACACAAGCAAGGAUCAGGAGAGACUGGCUUUUGAAGGGACAAGACAAUGUGCUCACAUGCCCACCUUCACCCUGCAAUGAGGGACUGAGGCCAGGGAGUCUUUUUAAGCUCUUCAUCCACUCUGGUCAGUUCAGGCUUCCUCGCUGGGGUGGAGGAUGGAAGAAAGGCCCAGGACAACCAGGGAAUGGACGCUUGGGAGGUGCUGUGAUGUGACAGCCACAUUCGGAACCAAGAACGAUCCCAUUCUCCACUGAUUUCCCCAACAAAUGGGUGGCCUUGAGGCUGUCCUCUGAGGCUGAGAUAGCCUGCCAGGAAAGGGGGCUUGGACACUGGCAAGGAGACCCUUUCUCGCUGUGAACACAGCUCUCUCCACUCUUGCCCGAUGCCAUGACACCGUGGAAACCACUCCAAUCCUGAACUUGGGGCAAUGAAGAGGGACAGCAAACAAGCAAAUCUAGUCCAGCUAGCAGACAACAUGCAGCUGUGGAACUGGGGGGAUGUCUCCUCCUCCCCCGGACAGGACAGCUGGCUGGGGAUGGCAGAGAUGGUCAAUCUUCACAGGACAAAGGGCCUGACGGGAAUGGCAGCUGCAAGGACUUACUUGACCUGCUGUGCCAGCAUGCCCCCAUCUCUCUGCGCAACUGUCCCCAAACCCCCAACUCACAUUUCUAUGUCUUAGGCCAGUAUCAUGAAUCUUUCCCACUUCCCUCUUCUUUCUGCCCAAUUCUUCCUUUGGAUCUUGAGCAGUCAUCUAACGGAACUGCCAAGUGGAUACUGGGGUGCCAUUCCCCCUAAGAAAAGACUGAGCCAGGAACUGUAUACCCCAGCCCAACCCUUCCCCAGACCUGGACCUGGUUCCUGAGAGGGCUCUCCCUUUCCCCACACUGUUUACUGGACUUGGAAUGGGCCUCUGCCCCUUCCUUCAGCUCUUUGCUGUCAGCCACAAGGUGGGGAUUGUGGCCUGGUUUAACUCCACCAGUCUCUUCAGGUUUCCAAAGCUCAUGACGACUAACCCAAACCUGUGAGUCCCCAGGGCUUGCAGGGGGUGAUUCUGGUCAGCUGGCCAAUCUCUAGAGGACACUGGACCUUCAUGACCGAUGGAACUAAACCUCUCAAAGGGAAGACCUGGCCUGAGCCCAGAGUGGGGAGACCAUGGGGAGGGAGUCACUGAGGACAAUGAAGCCCGUGCCCUGGGCAGGGUGGGAGGGAGGCAGGUGUGGACCGCUGCCAGCCAGCUAGUCCUGAGUGGGCAUCUCCUUGACUCCAGGCCGCCUGCCAGCCACUGACUGCUCACCAAGAGGCCUUCAGCUCCAGACUUUCUCUGGCCUCUAGUCUAAACGUUGCCCCCCAGUAGGACAUCUCUUCCCAUCCCCUUUUUGACUCACGCCUCACUCCAGCGGUGCAGACCAUAACCCCACUGCUGCCAGGUGAUGGAGGGAGGCCCAGCCAGGACUGAUUCUCCUUCCCCCAGAGCCACCCUACCCACCCCGGCAAAGCAGGGCGUCUAGGAAAGGAGAGACGCGGAAGUUUCUCCGACAGCCAGGCCUGGACAGGCAGGCCUGGAGACACUCAACCCCCACACGGGGGGAAGAAGGGGUGGCCCAAGAGGCCCUGUGUGGUCCCACCUCCUCUCCUCUUGCCCAUUUUCCCAUCGCCAACUUGGUGGUCUCCACUGUAACCCUGCAGGGUCAGCCUCCUCUGAGGGAGGUGGGCCGCUGUAACCACCCUUCUACCACCUAGCUCUUUAGCAGCCACUGGCUGCCAUGGCAACCACCAAGCUCCCUCUAGAGGGGGCAGCAUUCCCCUUCUGCAUCUGCUGAGUCCCUAGAGGGCUCCAGCUCAGAAUGGGAACUUCAGAAGAGUGGGCCAAGGAGAAGAGACUCUCUGGCCUCACAGAGGACCUUGGUGGCUUCCAAGAGAAAGGAUGCUAAGUUUUGAGAAGGGGUGGGACAAGGGGAUGGGGUUUUACCAGCCAGCAACCUGGGCGUUGUACUGUCUUUAUUUUUAAAACCACUAAAGUGCAAGAUGUAUUUUGCACUUUUCACUUUUUUUUUUUCUCUUAGGUUUUGUGUCCUUUUUUAAGCAUACUUUCUUGGUUUUCUAACGGAGUAUAUAGCUUAGCCAUCUCCACAGACUCUGGCCUGCUCUCUUUAAACUCCUUUUGGAUGGGGAAAGGGGGGUGGGGGAGGGCCAGCCGCCCUGCGCCCAUUCACCCCACUUCUCUGGUCCCCAGACACCAGCCUGAGUCCCACCUGCCACCACCACUGUCACACAGUAGCCCACAUGGAUAGACAGUUGUCAGACAAGAUCUUUCAGAUUCCGAGUUGCCUACCGGUUUGUGUUUUUGGUUUUUUUUUUUUUUUUAAGACAGCAAUAACCACAGCACAUAUUACUGUAGUUCUUGAUAGUUUUACAUACAUACAUACCAUAGCUCUAUUUUCUCUUCUUUUUUGUUUUCAACUGUUUUUUUUUUUAAAUAAAUGCUCAUAAUCUUUACUGGUGAAAACGAUGGAAAAACAAACCAACAAACAAAACCAGUUUGUGGUGACAAAAAAAAUAAAAGCGGGGAAAAAAAAAAAUCACCUGAAUGCGGAAGAACUCGCCUCCUGUUUAGCAUUUUGUACCUAAGGAAAUAAAAAAGGAAAAAACAGAGGAUCUCACGUUUUAUUAAAAAAGUGAAGAUUGCUGUAUACUAUUUAUUCAACUUAUAAUUUAUGUUACUCCUUGAUCUUUGUCGUUUGUCAUGACAAAGCAUUUAUUUAAUAAAGUUAUGCAUUCAGUUA